AUGGCGUUGGAUUUGGUCUUCCCAGAGAACACGGGGAGGUUGCCAAACAGCAAAUUGCCACUUCAGCUGAAACAUGUGCUGGCAGUAGUGUACGUAUUUGGCGGAUUCUCGGCGCUCAUGGCUCUCCUGUCGAAGCUAAUUGUCAAGCCGCUGUUCGAACAAUUAACUGCUCAACGACAAGAGUUGGCGCAAGCCGUGCGAUACAAGCUGGUCAAAUUCAACUGUGAGCUGGAGCACUCACUUAAAGACCCCCCUUCUCUUCAUUCGAUCAAACACGGAUAUGCCGACACUCUUGUUCGGACUGAAAAGCGAGGCACUGGGAAGACAGCUUCCUCGGGUGCCUAUAAACUUGAGCGAAAUGAUUUAAAGGACGAGUGUUCUGCUGCAGAAAAAAGCUUGCUUGAUGAGAUUAAGAGUUUAGAGGAGUACAUGAGAGACGUCGCAUUUGGCUACUCCAGCACUAGUUCGAAUGCUAAAGCCAAAUCCAGUACUGUGGCUGAAUUCAGAAGCGAAGUUCGGUCGUUCAAGGGCGCACUGCUUGCUCUGUAG